AUGGCUUCUAUCUUGCAACUCCUCCCCGAGUUGGAGGCGACGUUAACUCCUACCUGUGAGAUCUUGACGGACCCUACCAAUAACAAAUUUGUGGAGUACUUGAAACGCUGGACAGAUAUUGAUCUGGAGGUUCCUGGUGCUAUUGUACUUCCAAGUUCGGAAGGUGAUUGUCAAAAGAUUGUACAAUGGGCUUUCAGACACUCUGUACCUUUUGUGACCAAGAGCGGAGGUCACAGUCAAUGGUCCACUAUUGGCAGUAACGGCAUCAUUAUUGAUUUGAGCUUGUAUAAAGGAGUAGAGGUAGAUGCCACAUCUAAUACUGCAAUUCUCAAAGGCAGUGUUCUGUCCAAAGAAGUAGCUGUAACUCUUGCAAAGGCCGGAUUCUUCACCGCUUUGGGAAAUGGUAACACAGUGGGUGCUAUCCCCUACUUCCUUGGCGGUGGUGCUUCGAUCACGUCUUCUAUUACGGGGUUCGGAUCCGACCAGAUCCUUUCGGCGUCUAUUAUAACUGCGAAGGGAGAACUUUAUAACGUGACCAGCGAUACAUACCCAGACCUUCUGUAUGCUAUACGUGGUGCUGGACAAUUUUUUGGCCUCAUCACACAGCUUGUCAUUAAGAUUCAUCCUCUACAAACACUCGGAAAUGAUGAAGGCGUUAUCUGGGCUGGCAGCUUUGUCUUUCCUCUUGAUCGUGCGCGAGAAGUUACCUCUGUAAUGAAGGAUUUGAUGGAGAAUGACCGCUACGCAACAGCAGGUCUGAUGAUGAUAAUGGCUCCACCACCAAAGCGACUUCCAUGUCUGGUGAUUGCGGCUCGGUAUACGGGUGAUCCCAAUGAUGCGUCGGCAGCUUACAAGGUUUUGUAUGACCUGCAACCAAUCAUAGUCAAUGGUGCAGCGGUACCAAUUCAAAAUGCUAGUGAUGGACGAGAAGCACUGGGUGCUAAGGGUGGUUUCAAGCGUUUUGGUGUUGUGGGACUCCACAGAUUUGACCAAGAAGCUUUUCUCAAGAACAUUGACUUGUGGACGGAGAUGGUUGCUGAGUGUCCAGAUGCAAUCAAUACUGCAUUUAACUUUCAGUGGGAUGCUCGGCCCGUCAAGCAGCCUGAUCACGAAUCGGCCAUGUGUCUUCACGAUAUUCGCUACUGGCAGAAUAACUUGAUCUGGCAUACUGAUUCCAAGAAUCGCUCCAAGGUCGACGAAUACAAUGACCGAUGUAUUGCUGUUGUGCGUGGCGAGGAUGAAGUCAAUUUUGCAGAUUUCCAAAAUGGUACUAGGAUUGGUCCUAUCGAGCGACGGUAUAGAGGGGAGGAGAGGCUUGCUCGUCUGAAAGCUUUGAAGAAAGAAUGGGACCCAACGGGUGUAUUCACAACUCAAUUACUUGAAUAG